UCUUUUAUAUUGGUUUCUCAAAAUAACAGAUUGCAUAAUUAAGAAAUUGAAGCAAAGUUUUUUGUUAUAGGGGCGGACUGACAACUCAUGGAGCUCCCGGGCAAUUGGGGAUCAUGGGCCCCUGUGUCCUUGCCCACACUCAAAACACACCCAAAAAAACCUAUAAAAGGUACCAGGGGCAUCUCAUGGGGCCCCCUAUUGACCCCGGGCCCUCGGGCAGUGCCCGAGUUUCCAAAU